AUUAUCCUUCACGUAUCUUUUUUGCUCUCUGAAAUUGAUGAUAUUGUAUGCAAUAAAAAGUUGUGAUAUUACCUAUACGACCAGUAUAUGUCAGCAGUCACCUCCUAAGUAGGACAGGUUAAAGUGGUGUCGUUUCUCAUAAGGAACAUAAUGGAAGGUGACACGCCUCAUAUGUUGAGCACGGGGAUGAGACAUCACAUGAAUAGUUGGAGUGGUGCUUCUCGAAUAUUUGCUCCAGUGAUGGGUAUUCAGGCAUCAGAAACGGCCUCUUUAACACUCUCUUUAUUGGUCCUUUUCCCAGCACCUGCAGCCAGAGCGUGACAUUUCUGCCACAUUCUGAGCUCCAUGUCAAUAGCCAGUGAAUUUAAUACCGUUAAAUAGACCACAUGGCUGAGCAAACUGCCUGUCUGAUCAUUUUUCCAAGACACAUUGAGUGGUCAUGGUGGAGGAGGAUUGAAUAUAUAUAUAUAUAUAUAUAUAUAUAUAUAUAUCCUCAUCUUUACACAUGUUUACAUGUAAUAUGAUUAUGAUUUAUUUGACAGAACAAUCUGCAUGAUACUUUAAUAGACCCUGUAAAUAUUACAUGUAGCCUAUCAAAUAUGGCAGCCCUAUCUGUGUUAUGACAUGUUCUAUGUGGUUUUGACACAGACAUAAUCUUUCAGAUGGGUAAACUAGAAUUAAACAGCUCUCCUCAUGUUUACACCAGCCACGCAUCUACAGAUGUUCACAUUUGACAUUUGGACUUUAAUUUUUUAUUGACAGCUAUGUGUAAAAUGCAUUAACAACUCAGUUCAGACCCUUCAAACUAACUAAAUAAAUGAAUAAAUAAAUUUUGGUCAUAUAUUUACAUUAGUGGAAUCAUAUGAAAGAUAUCAUUAAUGAUCACAGAUGACAAGGAGCUCCAGUCCUGGUUGACGGUGGGAAAGAGCGGACACAGAGGCUUUACGACAAGCACCAUUAUUUAUUUUCAUGUUCAACCCCUAUCCAUCACCGUGUUACCACCCUGUCCGGUCCCGGCGCUAACGCCACAUCUUAAAGCUUAUUACGGCGACCCACCUUCCUCGGGAAUAUGAUUGACGUAUCGUGGAAGAAGCGAGGCGGGGCCAACAGCGCAUUCUCGUCCAAUCACGGCCGAUGGGCGGCGCCCUAUCGCUAUGUGCCAGUGUUGGUGGGCGGAGCCUCUCGUUAUGUGUCAGUGUUGCCAGCAGACCUGUGCGAAACAAAAGCACUUCUCCCCCCACGUUUAACGCCUUCAAAGCAAGUCUUAAAGCUGUUUCAGUCGUAAAGCUGUCAAAGGAAACAAGGAGUUACUCGGCAGAGUCGCAGAUUACACAGGAUUACAGCAGCCCUUAGACAAAGUUGGGCUCUGUUGUCUUGGCUUUGGUGGCAAGAGCAGGAGUGGCUUGAUCCUAAAGCAGCUCUCCAGAUCAGAUUUCACCCAAACCAGCUGUGAGACGGAGCUUUGCCUUUUCUCCCCUCUCUCCCUCUCUCCAUGUUGUAAGCGCGCUCCUGACAUCCAGAAAGAAAAGGGGGAGUGACGGAGAGAGUUCCUGAAGGAAUUUUCCUUCUCCUAGGCGAGAAUUGAAAAAGUCACCAGAGUCUAGAGAACAGCGGCGAGAAUGGAUGAUCAGCCCCGGUUGAUGCACUCCUCUCACGGGGUGGGCAUGGCCGGACACCCCGGCCUGGCGCAGCAUAUGCAGGAUGGCACGGGAGGAGCGGACGGCGAUGGAAGAAAACAGGACAUUGGAGACAUAUUACAACAAAUCAUGACCAUAACCGACCAAAGUCUGGACGAGGCACAAGCCAGGAAACAUGCACUGAAUUGUCACAGAAUGAAGCCGGCUCUAUUCAACGUCCUGUGUGAAAUAAAAGAAAAAACAGUACUCAGUAUCCGUGGAGCUCAGGAGGAGGAGCCACCAGACGCUCAACUCAUGCGAUUGGACAACAUGCUGCUAGCCGAGGGUGUGUCCGGACCUGAGAAAGGAGGCGGGUCGGCUGCAGCUGCGGCUGCAGCUGCUGCGGCAGGCGGCGGCGGGUCCGAUAACUCGGCCGAACACUCAGACUACCGAGCCAAGCUGUCCCAGAUCCGUCAGAUCUACCAUACAGAACUGGAGAAGUAUGAGCAGGCGUGUAAUGAGUUCACCACCCAUGUGAUGAACCUGCUGAGGGAGCAGUCUCGCACUCGGCCCAUCUCCCCUAAAGAGAUCGAGCGCAUGGUGGGCAUCAUCCAUCGCAAGUUCAGCUCCAUCCAAAUGCAGCUCAAACAGAGCACCUGCGAGGCGGUGAUGAUCCUGCGUUCCCGCUUCCUAGAUGCCAGACGAAAAAGAAGAAACUUCAAUAAGCAGGCUACAGAGAUCCUGAAUGAAUACUUCUACUCCCACCUCAGCAACCCGUACCCCAGCGAGGAGGCCAAGGAGGAGCUGGCAAAGAAAUGCUCCAUUACAGUCUCACAGGUAUCCAACUGGUUUGGAAACAAGAGGAUCAGAUACAAGAAAAAUAUUGGAAAAUUCCAAGAAGAAGCCAACAUGUACGCUGCCAAAACCGCCGCGACCGCAACCAACGUCUCCACCCAUGGCAGCCAAGCCAACUCGCCUUCCACACCAAAUUCGGCCGGUUCUGCUGGCUCUUUUAACAUGAACUCCGGGGACUUGUUCAUGAGUGUGCAGUCUCUGAAUGGGGACUCAUACCAGGGGGCCCAAGUGGGGGCCAACAUUCAGUCACAGGUGGAUACUCUUCGCCAUGUUAUCAGUCAGACAGGAGGAUACAGUGAAAGCCUCGCUGCCAGUCAGAUAUACAGUCCACAGGGCAUCAAUGCGAACGGUGGCUGGCAAGAUGCCCCGACACCCUCCUCAGUGACCUCACCCACGGAAGGACCCGGGAGCGUCCAUUCUGACACCUCCAACUGAUCAGCACCAUCCAUCCUCACAGCGCGUGGGAUCUUCAGACUAAAGAUCCAGCGAUCCACCCUCCUCAGAUUUGGAUUAACAUCCUACAUGGUCAUACACAAUCAUGCCAUCCUACCGUGGAACAUUUGGGAUACUUUACAAGAUUUUAGAAAACAAUUAUGAAUUAAAAAAAAAAAAGAAAAAAAAAAAAGAUGUGUUUGUACAGUUUUCACAGUGUAUUUUAGGUGGCACAGGGCGACUAACAAAAACCUGUGACUGUUUCAGUCUUAUGAGGCAAUUGUUAAUGAUGGAACGACCAGUUGUUGUGUUUCAAUUUAAAUACUUCAUUCUACCUCUCAGCAAAAAGAAAAAAAAAGAAAAAUACAUGAAAGAACAGUCCUUGUUUUCUAAAAAAAAAAUUAAAAAAAAUAAAAAUGUUACCACUUGAUAUAAUGCUCGAGAGGAAGCUCUCCUUAUCGGUACGGUCAAUUAUUAUUGCCUCUUUUGUUCGUUCAUAGUGAUAUAUUGACUAUUUGUUUUUGUUUGUUUACUGUUUCUCCUUUAUCAUUUUUCAAAAGACCCUCCAAUAUCAGUUCAUCUAUAUUUAAGUAUUUCCUUUGCCAGAUAAAACUGAUUUUUCUUAACUAGGAUGUGUGGAGGUCAAUCAUACCGUUUCAAAGCUGAUUAUCAUAUUUUCCCCAUAAAGGCCAUCAAAUCUGUCCAUUAGAUAAGGGAACAUGCUUACGUUUAUCGUAGAGAGCAGUCCAAACAACUCUGUUGUUGUAGAUUUCAUUUGGAGUCAUUUCCUCACUCUGUUUGUUUUUGAGGACACUGUCUGUGAGUCGAUGAAAAUGUAACUGAUUCCGGAAAUGGCGGAAGCAUCAAGUCAUUACAGUCCGUAAUGAUAUUUCCUCCCCGAUUGCUUUCAAACACUCCCUUAUUCCCUUUCUCCCUUAAGUGAAGGAAUUUGGCAUAAAGAGCAAUAUAUUUGUUUGGUUUAUACAGACGGAUGCUCUUUACUACCCCAAAUCCUUAAAAACAAGCACUAAUGCUCUUUAUUGUUUUGAAUUGAAUUAGUUUUAGUAUAGUCCCUUUUUAAAAAUGUUAUUCCUUAUUAUCUUAUGUUCACCCGCGAAAACCUUGAGGGUUUCAUCAAAAGGUCACGUCUUAUCAAAUGUGAACCUGACAUCUUGUUUUUCCUGUAAUUUCAAGUAUGAGAGCCAACUGUGAGUGUACAGUUUUUGAAACAAGCAAUGUGCUUUACAGCUGAGCGUUGCUGGUAACCAAAAUCCUUUGUGUAAAUGCUGUAAAAGAAUAUGAAAUAUCAUGCUCAUAGCUGUUCAAACAUAAUGAGUUUUCUGUAGCAUUUGUAAGAACGUACAACACACAAACUCUACCUUAUUGUCUUAUUUCUUUUGGCCAAUUGGUAUUGCUGAUGCCACUGUUUCCAUUGUGAAAUCAUGACGGAUGCAGCUCCUCUUCCUAAUUGAAAAAAAUGAUCUUGAAAAAUCCAAUAGUUAACUAAUUUUUGUUGAAAAUAUAUCCCUGUCUGUCAGGGCUCCGGGUAAUGAAGUUUGUUUUGCAGUACAUUGAAUCAGAAUCCAUUUAAAUGGGGAAGUCAUUAAGUUAAUAAGAUUUGGACAUUUCGACGGUCACUCUUAGCUGUGUUUAUGCAGGUAAAGCGCCAUACAAGCGCUUAAUCUUUAUGGACCCUUUGCCCCGAAGCCAGAAAUCCAGUUCAAUGGCUUUCAAACACUGACUUGGGAUGAAGCCAAUCGAUCGCUAAUAUGACCUCAGUGUCUAAUAUCAUAUUAUCCCCUAUUAAUUUGUGCUCUCUGACACAUGUUCUACCAAAAACAUCUUUUUGAACAGUUGCCAAAAAGGAAGACGCUCCGCCUCUUUAAUGGAUUUUGGGGGGAAAUGUUUGGGAAUGUUCAUCGCUAUUCACUGUCAAAACCAAAAAUGUAAAAACUGAAAGUAGCUUAUGUAUGUAUAAGAAACAGAAAUAUGUGACAGAUAUUUCAUUGCCUUUGCCUUCAAUAAUGGCUUUGAAGAUUCUUUUUCUCUCUUUAUUCAGUGUGUCUUGUUUUUUUGCUUUUGUUUAGCUCUCAUUAUCAAGACCAGUUAAUAUUUUUUGGAAUAGUUUGAAGAUGAUCAUGCUAAUCCAUAUGACAAUACAAACAUACGUCAUCUGUUAUUUGAAUGACAUACAUUUAUGACACACAGGAACACACUCUAGUUUGCUGAUGGUUGCCAUUGUGAAAAUGUAUAUAUAUUUUGUGAAAUAGACUUGACCGCACCUGCUAUAAAUGCAUUAUUAGACUUCACGAUUAUGUACCAUAUGAAGCAUUGAAGUCCAGACUAUUGUGUUUGGGUUUCCCCCACAAUUCCCACAAACUUUGUCUCAAAAUUGACAUGAUUAUCAUCAAUAAAUGUUGUAUUGCUCACUGAACAGUAUUGAUACACAUCAGUAUGUAUUUUGUGAGAUUCUCUGUUUUGUUAUUAUUUUUUAUAAAGGUUUUACAGGGUUUAAUGCUUUUCUUGUUCUUCAGUUCAUGUUUAGGGACCAUUUUAGUAAUACAGUAAAGGAAUUAUAGAUACACAUCUAUAAAGGGCACCUAUAAUUUGGCAUUAGAUAACUCAGUCCAUAACUUAGAUUUUGCACACUUCUGGUCCAAAAUAACAUCAUUUCUUAGCCUGAGAUUUUGAAGUCAGCCCUUAACAAAUUUUCUCAUUUUACUUUGUUGC